AUGUCUUUUUUUUUCCUUUUAGUUUUGGUGACUUUGGUCUUUUCUACUUCUGGAUUUAUUCCUGAAUUUAUUUUGUCGCAAAUGGAAAAAGCUGAGCAGCUGGCUAAAUUGUUGAUAGUUGCAAAUCCAAGAUUACGUAAUCCUGAACGCCCCAAAACAUUUGCGAAUUUAUUUCGUUCUUCAGAUUUAUCUGCUGGUAAAGAUGUUCUUAUCGCAUUAUACGCAUACGAAUCACGUGCUGAUGGCGACCUUAGCUUUCGAAAAGGCGAAAUUAUGUAUUUGCUUGAUCAGAGCAAUUCGGAUUGGUGGUAUGUAAGACAUUCGAAAGGAGGAACUGGUUAUGUACCUCGUAAUUUCGUUGCUAAACAAUUAACAAUCGAAAGUGAAGAGUGGUAUGCUGGUCGGAUCGCUCGGAAUCGUGCCGAACGUUUAGUACUGGCGAGUAAUUUACCAAAAGGAACAUUUUUAAUACGUGAACGUGAAGCAGACACACGUGAAUACGCUUUAACAAUACGUGAUUCAGAUGAUCAACGCGGUGGCACCGUAAAACAUUACAAAAUAAAAAGGCUAGAUGGUGAUGGUGGAUUUUUCAUUACAACAAGGCGAACUUUUGCUACAUUGCGUGAUUUGGUCAGCUAUUAUUCAGAAGUUGCGGAUGGUUUGUGUUGUCAGUUAUCAUUCCCUGCUCCGCGUAUCGCGCCUACACGACCAGAUCUGUCACAUGAUACUCAGCAGAACUGGGAGAUUCCAAGAAAUCAGCUACAAUUGAAGCGUAAGCUUGGUGACGGCAAUUUUGGUGACGUUUGGUAUGGUAAAUGGAGAGGUAUGGUCGAAGUGGCCAUAAAAACGAUGAAACCUGGUACAAUGUCUCCAGAAGCAUUCUUGGGUGAAGCACAAAUAAUGAAGCAAUGUGACCAUCCGAAUUUGGUAAAAUUGUAUGCGGUUUGUACCAAAGAGGAGCCAUUUUAUAUAAUCACUGAAUAUAUGGCAAAUGGAUCGCUGCUGCAAUAUUUGAGAAACGAAGGAAAUACUUUAACCUUGCAAGCAUUGAUCGAUAUGUGUGCUCAGAUUGCAAAUGGUAUGAUGUAUUUGGAGGAGAGAAAAUUGGUCCAUCGCGAUCUUGCGGCAAGGAAUGUCCUUGUGGGAGAUAAGAUAUCUGGUGUACCUGUUGUUAAAGUUGCUGAUUUUGGAUUGGCCCGAAAGUUAAUGGAAGAAGAUAUUUAUGAAGCUAGGACAGGAGCGAAAUUUCCGAUAAAAUGGACUGCGCCAGAAGCUGCUACAUGCGGCAAUUUUACAGUAAAAUCGGAUGUUUGGUCCUAUGGAAUCCUUCUUUAUGAGAUAAUAACGAAAGGACAGGUUCCAUAUCCAGGGAUGCAUAAUCGUGAAGUGAUAGAACAAGUAGAACUGGGAUAUCGAAUGCCUAUGCCACGUAGUUGUCCUGAACAGGUUUAUACUGAGGUGAUGCUAAAAUGUUGGGAUAAGGUUCCUGACCGCCGUCCUACUUUCGACCAUCUCUUUCAUUUUUUUGAUGAUUAUUUUGUCAGCUCACAGCCAAAUUAUGUUCCACCAUCGCAAAGUUGA